AUGGAGGAUCCGACAGGACGAGUGGGGGCGCAUGAGUUGAACUUGGCUUCAAGAAAAGCAGAAGACGCAGCUCUAAGACGACAUCAAGCUGCCCAUUGGCUAGAUUGCCUAGUGGGACCGCUUGGAAUAUCUAGCCGCCCCUCGGAGAGAGAGUUUAUUUCUUGCUUGAGAAAUGGUUUAAUUCUUUGCAAUGUAAUUAACAAGAUUCAAACAGGUUCAGUUCCAAAGGUUGUGGAAAUUAACUCAUCUUCACAGUUGCCGCCAUGGGAUUCAAAGCCAUUGCCUGCCUAUCAAUAUUUUGAGAAUGUUCGUAAUUUUUUAGUAGCCGUGGAAGAACUGAAACUACCUGUUUUUGAAUCUUCUAUUUUUGAAAGGGAAAAUUUGGAAGAGGGGUCAUCAAAGGUUGUCGAUUGCAUUUUGUCUCUUAAAGCAUUUCAUGAGUGGAAGCAAAUGACAGGAGGGAAUGGAACUUACAAACCACCAAGAUCUCCUUUGAUUACACAUUCUGCUGGCAGGAUUCAUGCACGAACAUCAGGCUCAGUUACUUUUCAUAGUUCAAGGAAACUAGAUAUGUCAGCAGGAUGUGAUAAAUCACUACCAACAGAUAGUGAAAUCCAAAAAUUUGAAGAUGUAAUAGUCAAGGCUCUUGCUGAACAUAUGGUCGAUUCAAAGGAGAACGUGGGUAGUAAUCUAAUUGCUUCCUCUCGUAGUGGAAAUGUGGAUUCAGUCAAAUUAUUGACCAACAUCUUCUCCAGUUGCUUGGAGGAACAACUUCAAAGAAAAUUACCUGAGUUAAAAUCGGGUCUAUUGGAUCAGAGAGAAAGAAAUUGCUCGCCUGUGCAUUCGACAUCUGUGCCUCUUGGGAAAUUGUCAAAUCUUGAGAAUGGCAAGUGUUGUAGGGCCUGCAUUAAGACCGGUAAGUGCAAUCAUUGGAAUCUGGUUGGGAAGCAAGAAAGGGAACUUGUGAAUCUUAAGAUGCUACUAUGCAGCACGAAGAAAGAGUUUGAAUGUCUUCAAUCUCACUUUCAAAGUGAUUUGAAACAAAUUGGAGAUCAGGUGUAG